AUGGCAUCCAAAUCCUUCAGCAUCUCUGCCACUUCACAAGAUGAAGGUGGUUCUUCCCACACAAAAGAAGAGGUGAACAUGAAGGAGAAUGGAGAUCAACCAUCAAAAUCAAAUUCCAACAAGUCUGUCGGUUCGGUAAAGUUAUCGAAAGAUGAUGUUGUUAGCCCUAACAGCAAUGAUGGGAAAGAUGAGAAGAAGUAUUUUACAUGCUCGUAUUGCAAGGGGCAAUUUUCUACUUUCCAAGGCUUAGGAGGGCAUCAAAAUGCCCAUAAGGCGGAACGUGCGUUGGAAAAACAACGUAAAGAAAGGUAUGAUGCUGGUGCUUUAGGUUUAGGGCAAUCUCACUUUAAACCUUAUUUCAAUUAUUCUAGUACUCUUUUUACACCUUAUAAUAAUUAUAGGGGCCUUGGUGUUAGAAUGGAGACAACAAUUCAAAAACCAACUUAUACUAACCCUAGGUUUAUCCCAAAUGGUUCUGGAUAUGGUUAUGGUAGUUUGCGUUUGAAUCAGAUGUUACACCCUUCACUUUUUAACUUCAGAAAUAAUAUUGAGGCAAGUAAUACUGGAGUAGGAACUCUAGGUUUUGGUGGAGCAAGUACUUCAAGAAUUGAAGAUGGUACAAAUAAUAAAAUUGGUGCUAUUCUAAAACUUGGAGAUUCUUCUAUUGCUACAAGUUCAAGCUCAAACACAAACAAGAAAAAUGUUGUGGCUGCUACUUCUGCAAUGGAUGAUGAUACUGAUCAUGAUUCAAAGUCAAACAUUGAAGAAGAACCCUCCGAUUCAGAAUCUUCUGGACUGGAUUUAACACUCAGGCUUUAG